AUGGCGCAGAACAAAUGUGGCCGAUGCAGGUUAAUGAGGAAGAAUUGCCACGAAAACUGUAUCUUUGCGCCUUACUUCCCGGCCAAUGACCUCAACAAGUUUGCUUGCCUUCAAAAGAUAUUCGGAUCGGCCAGCAUCACCAAGAUACUCACCGACCUAGACGUUGAUCAGAGGGAAACCGCUGUUACUACUCUGGUUUAUGAAGCGAAAGCAAGGAUCGAUGAUGCUGUCCAAGGGUGUGUGCGUACAAUCUACGAGCUUACUCAUGAGAACCAGCUUCUUAAACAAGAAAAUGCAGAACUCAAGGAACAACGUGCUCUCAUGCAGCAACCGCUCGGUCUCGUGCAGCAAACGCAGAACCCUACCGCUUUCUUGCAGCCGGCGCAAGUUCAGAGGGGUGGUACGUCGUCUCAAUCGCAGCAGCACCUUGAAACUCAGACGCAGUGGGGUUCACAGCCGCACCAAACAGGAAUCUCCUUUGCAACUCAACCGCAGCAGCACAAUCAAACGAUGAUGCAGUGGCCCGUUGAGUCUCAACCGCAGCAGCACCUUGAAACUCAGACGCAGUGGGGUUCACAGCCGCACCAAACAGGAAUCUCCUUUGCAACUCAACCGCAGCAGCACAUUCAAACGCAGAUGCAGUGGCCCGUUGAGUCUCAACCGCAGCAGAACUUGCACUACACGGAACCGCAGCAUCACAGUUCGAUGACAACAACAAACUGUUCUGCCACUGGUAAUGAGUUGAUGCACUUGACGACUCAAGCUUCAGGGCCGCUGCCACCACAGUCUCAAAUGCAAGAGAACCGGACGAGCGACGAGGAUUUAGUGUAG